AUGUCAAAAACCUGUAAGCUUAUACCUUUUAAGCAUAGAGAAAUUGUAAGUUUAUUAAAAGGUAGACAUAGUAUAAGAAACAUCUCAGAAAUUCUUGGCAAACCAAAAUCUACUGUCCAUAAUGUAAUUAUGAAAUACAAUAAAGAAUACUGCAUUAAUACUGCAUUUAGAAGUGGUAGACCUCCAGCUUUAUCAGAACAAAAUAAACGUCAAACUAAGAAGAAUAAAUGCUAG